AUGCCUGACGAUAAUAAAAAAUUUGAAGAGGUCUUCUACCGUUUGGCCGAAGACCUUAGACAGCAAUGUAUUGAGCAUGAGAAGGUUCCAGGUCAGGUUUGGAAUUGGUUUGAAAAGUCCCUCACUUAUAACGUCAUUGGAGGCAAGUACAACCGCGGCCUUUCUGUGGUUCACACAACGCGGCUCCUCCUUGGUCGCGACUUGGAAUCGGAUGAAUACUUGCAUGCUGCCACGUUGGGCUGGUUGGUUGAGCUUUUGCAGGCCAUGAUGCUUGUCUUGGAUGACAUCAUGGACUCGGCGGCGACACGUCGCGGCCGCCCUUGUUGGUAUCUGAUGCCAGAGGUCGGCAUGAUUGCUGUCAACGACGCACCUAUGCUGGAAAGCGCCAUCUACCUAUUACUCAGAAAGCAUUUCCGGCAACACCCGGCAUACGUGGACAUGAUCGAGCUGCUCCAGCACGUCUCUUUCCAGGUCGAACUCGGACAGACCUACGACAUGCUCGUGGCGAUGCAAGACCUUGAAAGCUUCAACCUGGAAAAGUAUAAUGGCAUUGCGACUCACAAGACCUCCUACUACAGCUUCUACCUGCCUGUCGCGCUUGCACUUCUCUACACGGGCCGGUCAUCCGCUCGGAACCUUGAUCAGGCUAGAAACAUCCUCCUAUCCAUGGGCAGGUACUUUCAAGUGCAAGACGACUACCUUGAUAACUUCGCUGACCCAACGACUCUGGGUAAGAUUGGCACGGAUAUUAAGGACGGAAAGUGUUCUUGGCUCGUGAUUCAGGCCAUGCGGCUUUGCAACGAGGAGCAGAUGGCAGUUUUAAGGGAAAACUACGGCCGGAACGAUGAUAAUUGUGAGAAGAGGAUAAAAGAACUCUAUGACCAGUUAGAAUUGGAUAAGGUGUACAGCGUGCACGAAGAGGAAGCUAUGAAGGAGAUUAAUGGUCUGAUUGAUAACGUGGACGAGGCAGAUGGGCUGACAAAGACAGUGUUCACCGCGUUCUUGAAUAGGAUCCAUGGGAGAAGCAAAUAG